AUGGUGGCCGCGGAAGCACUCACGGAGGAAGCCAGUGGAGGGGGAGGAAAUGAUCUAGUGCGGAACCUGCAGAGCCAGGUGGAGGGAGUCAAGAAUAUCAUGACCCAGAAUGUGGAGCGGAUCCUGGCCCCAGGAGCAAACCUGGACCAUCUCCGCAACAAGACAGAGGAUCUGGAAGCCACAUCAGAGCACUUCAAGACGACAUUGCAGAAGGCGGCUCGGAAGUUGUGGUGGAAGAACGUGAAGAUGAUUGUCGUCAUCUGUGUGAUUGUUUUUAUUAUCGUCCUCUUCAUCGUGCUCUUUGCCACUCGUGUCAUCCAUUAAGUAACUUAGGGAGCCCCGCCCACCCUGCCCUCUUCUUGGGGGCAACCCCUCAUAAUGGGUGCAGGAGGGCCCCCUCUCCACAGGGAAUGCUGCUAGGUCCUACUGCCCCUCACCCUGAGGCCCCUCUGCCAUGUCGUAUGCCCCAGGGAGCACCUUGGUCCCCCAGAAAGAGAGAGCUGGACUGUGGCUGCAUUUCCAGGUCCUUAGAGUGGGUUGGAGAGACCCAGAGGGCCCAGCAUGUGGCCGGGAAGCAGUUGGUGGCUAGUGGGCAAUAAAUACCUGUCAACGGAAAAAAGCCAAACUCUGCAAAAUAAUUUU